UCAGUGACCAUGAAGACAGUGUUAGUGAUACUUCUCAUUUGUGAGUGUCUACAUAGUAUAUCAUCUGCUCCUGCAACUGGAGAUGUAAGUAGUGAUGCAUAUAGGAGUCCUAGCACUGAUUCCAGAGUUCCAUCACAAUAUCCUAGACAACCUUCAAGAAGACGAUCAGAUGAUAGGGAAGAACAACCCCCGACAGGAUAUCCAAGGGGAAACGACUACCAAAACUCAGAUUCUUCUACUGAUGUACCAUCAGUAACAAGGGUUCAAACUAGAUUUCCAAAAAGACCGUCAGAUUUCCCUGACAUUUUUUCAAGGGUAAAUAGUAGAUGGUGGCCUCAUGGUGAACCAUUUGAAAGUGGAUUUCCAAGGAUAAAUAUUGGCGAAUUUCCAGACUUUAGUGGUGGUUUUCCUAGGGGAUUUCCAAGAAGACCACCUUGCUGUAAGUCAAAUUCUUCAUCUGAGAAACCCCCUGCAGGUGAACCUGGUGAUGACACAGAUUUUGGAGGACUAUUUCCAGAUGAAUUUCCUGGAAUACAGCCAGGAGAUUUUCCAGGAAUGAUUCCAAGAACUCCAGGAGGUAGACCUGGAGAUGAAUUCGAUCCAGAAUCAUGGUUUGAAAGAUUCCCUAAAAUAAAUCUUGGAGAUUUCCCUGAUUUCUUUCCCAAAGGAUUUCCAAGAAUACCAGAUUUUGAACCUAGCUUUCCUCCUGAUCAAUCGCCAAGAAGACCAAACUAUGGACCUAACUACCCUACUGAAGAAACACCAAGACAACCAGAUAAUGGACCUAACUAUCCUCCUCAGCAACCACCAAGACAACCCAAUUAUGGACCUAAUUUCCCUACAGAAGAAACACCAAGACAACCAGAUAAUGGACCUAAUUAUCCACCUGAACAAUCACCAAGACAACCCAAUUAUGGACCUAAUUACCCUACUGAAGAAACACCAAGACAACCAGAUAAUGGACCUAAUUAUCCACCUGAACAAUCACCAAGACAACCAAAUUAUGGACCUAAUUACCCUACUGAAGAAACACCAAGACAACCAUAUAAUGGACCUAACUAUCCUCCUCAGCAACCACCAAGACAACCCAAUUAUGGACCUAAUUUCCCUACAGAAGAAACACCAAGACAACCAGAUAAUGGACCUAAUUAUCCACCUGAACAAUCACCAAGACAACCCAACUAUGGACCUAAUUUCCCUACAGAAGAAACACCAAGACAACCAGAUUAUGGACCAAAGACAGGUCCUAAUGAUAUGUCAACAUGAUCAAGAUUGGGGCUGAUGAGAGCAUUGACUAAGAAGUAGUAUUCAAAUUACUAACAAUUUAUGGACAAUAAAUUAGAGUUACUAUUAGGUUACUUGAAAUUAGUAUUACAAGAAAGAGGACAACAAUCACUUUGUAAUAGAUACUAGAUACUGUAAUAAGCUACUUAUAUACAAAUUGUAAUACGAGUAAUUCCUUGCUGUAGCAUUGAAUUUUAAUUUUGAAAAAAGAUUUUAAUUUUAUUUUGUAAAUACAGAAUAAAAAAAUUUGUAAAUAUAGUUGUAGACAGUUCUUCACUCAUUUAAUUUAUAAUAAAAACGUUUUAUAAUUUAAA